AUGGCAAAUUGGAAUUCGACAGAAAUAUUGGAUGCUAUUCCUUUAACAUCUUCUGGUAAACUUCACAAAUGCUUAGUGUUUACUGAAAACAACGAUACGAGCACAUGUUCGAAAUGGGUGUUUGACACCACAUACAGGGCUUCCUCGCGCGGAAUGGAGUGGAAUCUCGUCUGUCGCAACUACUGGAAAGGAGCACUAGUCCAAUCAUUUUAUAUGUUAGGUGUAUUUGCUGGUGCAAUUAUUCUAGGCGGUUUAGCAGACAAAAUCGGAAGAAAAACGGUUUUCUGUUGGUCAGCUCUACUUCAACUGCUUUUUGGAGUACUCGUCGCGUUUAUUCCAGAAUAUUGGAUAUUCUCAGCGUUUACCUUUUUAUAUGGAAUGUUUGGAUCCGCCGGUGCCUUUAUACCCGCAUUUGUGCUAACUAUGGAAAUCGUUGGUCCCAGUAAACGUACUAAAUGCAGUGUUGCCUUUCAUUGUUGCUUCUCUUUUGGCAUGAUGUGUGUUGCAGUUUGGGGAGCGAUCAUUAGUGAUAAAACUAUCUUGCAAGUCGUAUACGGGCUGCAUAGUUUAAUUCUUAUACCGCAUUUAUGGAUUAUGGAUGAAUCACCUAGGUGGCUUUAUGGACAAGGGAGAGUUAAAGAUGCUGUCCAAAUAGUACAGAAAGCACUUAAAUUUAAUAAAUCAGAUAUAGUUUUGGAUACAGCGGAGUAUGUAUCAAAAGCAAAAGCAGAGCGCUUUUUUCAAAAAAAAACAACAGUGGCUAAAACAAAAGCUGGAACUCUUGAACUUUUUAAAACACCUCAUAUACGAAAUAUGUCAAUAAUAAUGUGUAUUUGUUGGUUUGCCAAUUCUUUGGUAUAUUAUGGGCUAACACUGAGUUCUGGAAAGAUGGAGGGGAAUCCCUACAUUAUAAUUGCCGUCUUUAGUCUCGUUGAUAUUCCAAGCUACCUUAUGGUGUUUUACUUCCUAGAUAUAUGGGGUCGUAGAUUAUUUAUAAGUAUCGCUAUGUUAAUAGGAGGUACUGCUUGCGUUAUAGCCGCCUUUCUACCAGAAGGAGCGACAGUUACAACUGUGAUAAUAGUGAUAGGGAAACUAUUCAUAGCAGCAUCGUUCGCUAUUGCUUAUAAUUACUCAUGUGAACUUUUUCCAACAGUAGUACGCAAUACUGCGUUAGGUUUAGGCUCUAUGUUUGCUCGUCUUAGCGGAGCUCUAACUCCUCUUAUUACAUUAUUGGAAAGUUUUGAUGCAAAGAUACCUGCCAUUACAUUUGGUGUGUUCGCCCUUGUAUCUGGAUUCCUUUGCAUGUUUCUUCCAGAAACUAUGAAUAAACCUUUACCGGAAAGUAUUGAAGAUGGUGAAAAUUUCGGAAAGGGCGAUACUUUAUUUUCUACCUGCUUUAGAAAGAAAGCUAAGAAACCCUACACAGGUGACGAAGAUGAAGAAGCUACCCAGUCGAUGGUAGUGAAUUCUGCUGCAGUAAGUUCUUAA